GGCACGCAUAAGAAUUAAGAAGCCCUAAAACGGCGUCGAAUAGAUAGACUUCGUCCUCAAGCCCCUCCCUCCUCUCUCCUUCCCGCCGCGAAUACCUGCCCUUUCACUGUCGCAUUCUUCGUCCCCGCUCGCGUCUCGAUGCUCUUCAACGCAUGAAUUCAUACGAAUCUGUGAUUCGAAGAUAACUUAAAUGGAGGAUUCGCAGCCGCAGCCUAGCCAGAACAACGUAUUUAGCGUUCGGAUCGUCUCUAUCGACUACUAUAUGGCCGCUCCGAUUCCAGACCUCGACAUCUGCUACAGCAGUUUUCAAGGCGGGAAAGUAAAUGAAGUUCCUGUUAUAAGAAUUUACGGCUCAACCCCCGCAGGGCAGAAGACUUGCUUGCAUAUUCACCGUGCUUUGCCCUACUUGUAUAUUCCAUUUGCAGAUUUAAUGCUUGAAUCUGUUCAAGAAGGUGAUGCAUGCACACAGCUGAUCUCUCUUUCACUUGAGAAAGUGUUGAAGCUUAAAGCAAGUGCCGGCUUGAAACGACAACAUGUGCACGGUUGUAGUCUUGUCCGGGCAAGGAGGUUCUAUGGUUACCAUUCAUCUGAGGAGCUUUUUGUGAAGAUAUAUCUCUAUCAUCCACAUGACGUUUCUCGUGCUGCAAAUCUUCUCCUGGGAGGUGCAGUUUUAGACAGGAGUUUUCAGCCUCAUGAAUCACACAUUCCUUUCCUUCUCCAGUUCCUGGUUGACUAUAAUUUGUACGGCAUGGCUCACCUACAUGCGUCAAAGAUGAAGUUCCGUCAUCCUGUCCCAAAUGCUUCUGGUCGGGAAAGGUAUCGCUGCAAUGAGACUAGACUGGGGAGAGAUAAUCCAACUUACACAUCUGAAGGUUUUCAGGCAGAUUCCCGUGGAGAUGAAUCAUUGCGUUCACCAAUUUGGAUCUCAUCCACUGUUCCAGAUGGCUGGAUCUGGGAAUGUCAAUGCCAACUUGAAUCUUCAUCCUGUGAAGAUGUCCACCAUGUUAAACGGCAAAGCACCUGUGAACUUGAGGGUGAUAUUACUGUAGAUGAGAUACUUAAUCAGCAGUUUAAGAUGUACUCAUCUCUCUCUCAAACACGUUCAGAUUUGAAAAUGGUUCAGUCACUGAUACCAAUUUGGGAGGAGUAUGAGAGGACUGGGGUGCAUGACGUAGCAUUAGCUUCUGAUCCUGAAAAACCACUUCCAAAAGACGUCUUAAGGACUCUCUCCCUUGGGCUUGAUGAAUUUGAAUGUAAAUUUGUUGAACAUUGCAAGGAAACAGCAAAUGAUUUGCCUUGCACACAAUCUGAGAAAGUGCUAACGAGAUAUUCAACCGUUGAGGGAACUAUGGUCGAAGUUGGGCUCUGUGACAUGAAAGAAGCUGGUGGAGAAGCUUUGAAAUGUUUGAAAUUAGGUAGCAAAACAGGGAUGGUGUUGCCACCGGAUUUGCCCUGUGAACAUGACAAUAUUAUUGUACCUGGAGAGGGAAAAUUGUUGUAUCCUAAACAAUUGCUUGCCAGUGACAUGCAACCAACAACAACAAAAACAACAAUGCAAAGUUCUGAUGUGAAGGUUGUGGAUAAGGAGGCAAUGGGGCUCCUGGGUUGGCUUGCCUCCUCUCAGGCUGCAGAAGAUAUAAACUCUGAUGAUGACUUAGCUUGUGAAACUAUUUUGACUCCUCUGUUACCUGCAACAACCAUUGAUAAGGUGUUGGAAAAAGCUAAUAUGGAUUUUGAAAGUGAAUCUCAACAGGAAUGCAAAGACAUUCUUGAUUCAGUUGAAAAUUUAAUUGACUUUGAAGUCAUAGGAGAAAGAACUUCUUCCACGAAUCAUAAUUAUUUGAACCAAUCUUCAUCAGGGAUACCCCAAAUGGAUGGUUCUGCUGACGAUCAAAAUUCUAUACCUGAUAAUGACAAGUCUUCGAUGGAAAUAUCCAAUGAAAUUAAGAGGUUUCUUGAUGAUGAUGUGCAACAAGUAACUCGUGCAAGCUUGACCAGUUCAAGCAAAAGAAGUAAGCCACUAUGGGGUUCUUUACCAUUUUCAUCUAAGCAAGAGAUGAAUGAUGUUGUACAACCUCCUAGUAAAUGCUACAAUGAAAUGAACAAACACAAGUUUACAGGUUCUAUAGUGGGAAAUGAUGCAGAUAUAGUUUAUGUGUCAAAGGAAGAAAGUACACUAGUUGGAUGUUCUGUGCGUGAUUUGAUGAGGAAAAAGCGAUGUUUCCACUCAGAGCCUUCUGAAUUUGAGAGUCAAGGGAUCCAAAAGGCUGUUUCUAAAGAGGAACUUCACCAAAAACAGUUAAGCACUGGAAUACUGCAGAAUCAUGGACAAGACAUUCAAGAAAUGUCCAUAGGACAUUGCAAGAAAGAUAAUAUGGAUGAGCCACAAUUUGUUGGUUCAAUGGAACCUGAAACUUUUGAUUCAUGUAUUGGCAAAUCUGAUCGACAAGUAAAAGAUACUAAUUUAUCUGUCCCUCCCAGUUCAGUUUCAUCAGCUAUCACUUUGGGAGAAAAUUCGGUGGAACUUAUUGGCAUGACCUUUCAUAAGAAACCCCCUCUGUUGAACCAGACUGUUGGGACAUUGGACACUCCCAUGUCAUAUGCCAACAUUGCCCAGCGCAAUUUUCUUCAGGGAGAAGAAAGUUUUGAAAGAACAUCAGCUGUUCAGAGACAACUUAUUGAAGAAUUCCCCCCAUUUUUUGGGAAGGACUGCCUGGUAGAUGGAGAUAUUCAGAAGAAGAGCCCAAGUAGUAAUGAGUUGGAUCAUCAUGAAUGUGUUAUAGGUGUCCCUACCCACUACCAAAAUGAUGGCUCUUACUUAUACAUGUUGACACCUGUGUUUUCACCCCCAUCUGCAGAUACUGUUUCUAGAUGGCUAUUGCAUGAUAACUCAGUUGAUGAUUUAGGAGAACACACUAAAGCAGUGUCAGUGGACUCACCAUCUCCAAAAGGCUUUUCUGGCAGUCAGAUUAGUUCACAAGGUUCUUUGAUUGAUGAAAAGCAUUCACCACAAUGUGGUUCAGUAUUCAGAGCAGAUCAUGUUAUGGAUGAGCAAAAACAACAAAGCCAUAAGGAUCUCAUUACUGAAAUAAAUCCUUGUGUUGUGGGUGAAAAUGCAAUAGGCCAGAUUGAAUAUAAUAUUGUGAAGCAGGAAGAAUGCUCUGAUUGUCCACUGGAUAUCUCACAGAUUUCUGGUCCUGAUGGCAAAUCAAAGCCCACACCUCUGAGUCAAAUUGGAUUCCAAGAUCCAGCAAGUUUUGGUGGGGGUCAACAGCUAACAUUGUUAAGUAUAGAGGUUCAAGCAGAAACAAGAGGCGACUUACGACCUGACCCUCGAUUUGAUGCCGUCAACAUUAUAGUUCUUGCUUUUCAGGAAGAUAAUGAUUCCAGCUUGGAUGUUUAUGUGCUAUUGCGAAGUGACACUGAUCAUCAUAGUAAUCUUAAUGGAAUAUCUGGUUGCAAAAUGUUAGUUUCUUUGGAAGAGAAGCAGUUAUUCAGUCAUUUCAUGAAUAUCAUUUGUUCAACUGAUCCGGAUAUAUUAAUUGGUUGGGACAUUCAAGGCAGUUCUCUUGGCUUUCUGGCUGAAAGAGCCAUACAUCUGGGCAUCAAUUUGCUUAAUUGCAUAUCUCGUAUAUCAACCAAAACUAAGGUGGCUGCUAAAGAGUCAUCUCUGUCUGAAGGUGGACUUCCAGAACCUGUGGACACCGAAUCAAUUCCACUUGAAGACCCAGUGAUUGAGGAUGAAUGGGGUCGGACUCAUGCUAGUGGUAUUCAUGUUGGUGGUAGAGUUGUCCUCAAUGUUUGGCGGCUGAUGCGUGGUGAACUUAAACUUAAUAUGUACACGGUGGAAGCUGUAACUGAAGCUGUUCUCAGGCGAAAAGUUCCAUCAAUUCCAUAUAAGGUAUUGGCAAGAUGGUUUUCAAGUGGUCCUGGGCAAGCAAGGUACCGAUGUAUCGAAUAUAUGGUGGGAAGAGCAAAUCUGAACCUGGAGAUAAUAAAUCAACUUGACAUGAUAAACCGAACUUCUGAACUUGCCCGUAUAUUUGGGAUAGACUUUUUCUCUGUUCUUUCUCGGGGUUCACAGUAUCGUGUUGAAUCUAUGUUUCUGAGAUUAGCGCACACACAAAAUUAUGUGGCCAUUUCUCCUGGGAGCCAACAGGUUGCUUCUCAACCAGCAAUGGAAUGCUUACCUCUUGUAAUGGAGCCAGAAUCUGGUUUCUAUAUGGAUCCAGUCGUUGUUUUGGAUUUUCAGUCCCUGUAUCCAUCAAUGAUAAUUGCUUACAAUCUCUGUUUCUGCACAUGCCUUGGGAAUAUAAUGCCUUCAAAAGCAAACACACUUGGAGUUAGUUCAUAUUCUCCAGAUCUACAUGUUCUACGGAGCCUUAAGGAUGAAAUUUUACUCACUCCUAAUGGUGUUAUGUAUGUUCCUUCAAAGGUCCGUAAAGGUGUACUACCACGUCUAUUGGAGGAAAUAUUAUCUACUAGAAUUAUGGUGAAACAAGCAAUGAAGAAAUUGGCCUCUUCACAGCAAGUUCUUCGCAGGAUAUUUAAUGCAAGACAGCUUGCUCUAAAGCUAAUAGCAAAUGUGACGUAUGGCUACACAGCUGCUGGAUUUAGUGGACGCAUGCCUUGUGCAGAACUUGCAGAUAGCAUUGUUCAAUGUGGCCGCAGAACACUUGAAAAUGCUAUAUCAUUUGUAAAUUCACAUGAUAAAUGGAAGGCUGAAGUAAUUUAUGGUGACACAGAUAGUAUGUUUGUUCUCCUAAGAGGACGCUCUAUUAAAGAAGCAUUUGAAAUUGGGAAUGAUAUUGCAUCGGCAGUAACUGCAGCUAAUCCAAACCCAGUUACAUUGAAGAUGGAGAAGGUCUAUCAUCCUUGCUUCCUCCUUACAAAGAAGCGCUAUGUGGGUUAUAGUUAUGAGAACCCUGACCAAGUUAAACCUAUAUUUGAUGCUAAAGGUAUUGAGACAGUUCGCAGAGAUACAUGCCCAGCUGUAGCCAAGAUAAUGGAGCAAUCUUUGAGGAUUUUUUUUGAGCACAAGGAUAUCCACAAGGUUAAAGCAUACUUGCUCCGUCAGUGGACACGGAUUUUAUCUGGCAGGGUUUCUCUUCAAGAUUUUGUUUUUGCAAAGGAGGUCCGUUUAGGUGCCUACAGUUCAAGGACUUCUUCAUCACUUCCACCUGCUGCAAUUGUGGCAACUAAAGCAAUGAGAGUUGAUCCAAGGGCAGAGCCACGAUAUGCAGAACGAAUACCAUAUGUUGUAGUCCAUGGGGAACCCGGGUCGCGUCUGGUUGAUAUGGUAGUGGAUCCCCUGGAUCUUCUGGCCAUUAAUUCCCCUUUCAGAUUAAAUGAUACCUAUUACAUCACUAAACAGAUCAUACCAGCUUUGCAGCGGGUAUUUGGACUUGUUGGAGCUGACCUGAAUCAAUGGUUUUCAGAUAUGCCUCGCCCUGUUCGGGAAUUUGUGGCUAAACGCCAUUCUUUUCCUCCAAGUUCACAUCGGACUAGAAUAGAUUAUUACUAUCUCUCAAAGCAUUGUAUCCUUUGUGGUGACUUGGUCCAGGGUGCUGCCCAUUUAUGUGGGAAAUGUUCAAAAAACAAAGCAGCUUCUGUGACAGCUAUUGUCGGAAGAACCUCAAAGUUGGAAAAGGAGAUCCAACACCUCGCUGCUAUUUGUCGGCAUUGUGGAGGCGGGGACUGGCUUCUGGAGAGCGGUGUAAAAUGCACAUCGCUGGCAUGCUCAGUUUUCUAUGAGAGGCGGAAAGUUCAGAAAGAGCUGCAGUCUCUCUCCUCCAUUGCAACAGAUGCAGGCUUAUACCCAAGAUGCAUGGUCGAGUGGUUUUGAGCUUUAUCCGAACGCAAGUCGAGAAACAGGUAUUUCUCCAAAUAUGCUUGAUUUCUUCUGGAAACUGUGGUCUGUUGUUGUAUUAUUUUGCAUAGGAGGGGGGACAGGUUAAUUUGGAGGUUGUAAAUAUCAGUUACAUAGUUAUAUUUACUGUUUAGGCUCCGAGCCUCCAAUAAGCACACAUUCUCUGAGAAUGAUUCUUGCAACCCUAUCUUCUGAGGCUUAAUUGACAUGACAUCAGUGUGCAACAUUGUAACAUAGAUCUAUGCUAGUGUCGGUUCACCUUUCUAUAAUAUUGCAGCUCAAAAUUGUAAUAACAUAAUAAUAAAAGUAUUGAUUUAGUGCA